AUGGUGUCCUGGGGCCGCCUGAUUCUUCACGCCUUUUCCUUUUCUCCUCUCAACAAUGAUCUCGCCGCAAUCUACCAGCCCGACAAGGCGAGGUUCGCUGUUCCUGCUCUUCAACCAGCGAAGAACAUCUUAGGCGGAAUGAACGGUGGUGCCUUCCACGGUCCGGCCUUCAUAUCAAAUGAAAUGCAAACACUUCAAAACGCUCUGGCUGCGAAACAACAAGAUGACGACUCUCCUCUCGGAAAGAUUGACGCACCAACGCUACCUCCUUUCCUUGCUGGUGGUGGCACGCCUCUUCCCAAUGGCUUCNCCUGGGGCCAGUCAACGGCCAACAACACCAACUAUUACACAACUACACCCAACACUGGUGUCACCCGAUACUACGACUUUGAGAUAUCCGCUGGACGGAUUGCACCCGACGGUGUUCUCAAGGAUGGUGUCCUCGUCAAUGGACAGUUUCCUGGACCGACGAUCGAAGCUAACUGGGGUGACAUGAUCUCAAUCACUGUCAAGAAUUCCCUGGACGAGGGAACCUCAAUGCAUUGGCAUGGUGAGAAUACGCCGGUACAUAUAGAAGGGGGUCUGCUAACAACAGGCANNGGACUGCUCCAGAAAGCAACUCCAUGGUAUGAUGGAGUGCCAACUAUCAUGCAAUGUCCCAUAGCCCCUGGCAAGUCCUUCACAUAUACCUUCCAGGCUGAUCUAUACGGAACCAGCUGGUACCACAGCCACUACAGUGGCGCAGCUGGUGCUAUGAUCAUCUAUGGUCCCAAGAAUGUAGACUACGACAUCGACCUUGGACCAGUAAUCUUGAGCGAUUGGUAUCAUGAAGACUAUAACACUCUUGUCGAGCAGACAAUGUCAAAAGCCGACGCCAAUACUCCUCAGCCCGCAUCGAACAACAACUUGAUUAACGGCAAGAUGAACUUCCCAUGCCACAAGGAUGUCAACUGCACCGCCAACGCUGGCCUCUCUAAAUUUUCCUUUACCUCUGGCAAGAAGCACAGGUUGCGAUUGAUCAACAUGAGUGCCGAAGCCAUGCAAAAGUUCUCGAUUGAUGGCCACAAGAUGACUGUUAUUGCGAAUGACUUUGUUCCUGUUGAGCCUUAUGAGGUUGCUGUGAGUACCANNGGCCAACGUACCGACAUUAUCGUUGAAGCUGGUGGCUCGCCUACCGACAGCGCCUGGAUGCGGUCCAACAUCCAGUACUGCUCCUUGACCGAUGGCACCGUCAACGAAGCCGUCGCCGCCGUCUACUACGAAAACGCAGACAAUACCACAAUCCCCAAGACCAAGUCCUCAGUCACCACAACCCAACUCUCCUACUGCAACAACGACGAUCUCUCCGUAACCAAGCCUUUCCUUGCCAUCACCCCCGAUCCAAACCCGUCCACUACUGAAGAUCUGAUUAUCGAGUACCGCACCAACGAAACAGACUUUAACCUCUGGUUUGUCAACAACAUUAGCUUCAGAGGCGAUUACAAUAACCCGGUGCUGCUGGAAGCCAAACUCGGCAACCUCGGUUUUGCCGAAGAGGCACAUGUGAUGAACUUUGGCUCCAACAAGACUGUAAGGCUCGUAGUAUACAAUUACUUUGCUUUUGGCGGUCAUCCCAUGCAUAUGCACGGUCAUAACAUGUACGUCCUCGCAGAAGGCUUUGGCGAAUGGGACAAUACCGUCACCAACCCAUCCAACCCCCAGCGCCGCGAUACCAUCUGGGUCCAAGCCGCAAAAGACAAAGAUACACCCGCGUACAUUGUUCUUCAAAUCGAUCAAGACAAUCCCGGCGUCUGGCCUUUUCAUUGCCAUAUUGCUUGGCAUGUAUCUGCAGGUUUGUAUGUGAGUAUUUUGGAACGACCGGAUGAUAUCAAGAAGUCUAUGAAUAUCCCGGGGGUUAUGGCGCAGAGUUGUAGGGAUUGGAGUGUUUGGACUGGUGGGGUCGUUGUGGAUCAGAUAGACAGUGGGUUGUGA